CCCGAUUGGAGCUCGGCGCGAACGACCCCAGAUUCUUGCCGCACUGCGUAGCGCUCGGUGAUUUCCAGGCCCCAGAAUUGCCGAGGUUCUCCGGCGGCUAGCGCAUAUUUGAUUGAGCUCUCCCCCGCAACAAAUCGAUUGAUAACCUCGUUGCAAACUACUUUCUCCGCACUCCUCUUUUUCAAUUUCCUUCCUGCUUAUACUAUUGUUUUUCUUGUUAAAUGAUGAAUCGCUCUCUUCUGCGUGCAGCUGCGCGCUCGCUUCAGGCUGGUCGUGCCGUCGCUGGUCGUCCCGUCGCUGGUCGGCGGUAUGCUUCCUCGGCGGUGUUUAACUGGGAGGACCCCCUCGCUGCGGAGGAGCUGUACACGGCAGAGGAGUUGGCUAUUCAAGAUACUGCCCGACAGUAUUGUCAAGAGCGACUGAUGCCUCGUAUUUUGGAGGCCUACCGCAACGAAGACUAUGACCGCAAGAUUCUGGAGGAGAUGGGCGAGCUCGGCCUGCUGGGCGCUUCCAUUGAGGGAUACGAGUGUGCCGGCGUGAGCACCGUGGCCUCGGGCCUGAUUACCAAGGAGGUCGAGCGCGUGGACUCAGGAUACCGAUCAGGCAUGUCAGUGCAGAGCUCAUUGGCGAUGACGGGGAUCUACGAAUUCGGCACAGAGGAGCAGAAGCAAAGAUUCCUUCCUGGUCUGGCCAAGGGCAAGCUGGCUGGUUGUUUCGGUCUGACCGAGCCAAAUCACGGCUCCGACCCUGGCUCCAUGGAAACUGUGGCCCGCGAGCACCCGACACAGAAGGGCACCUACCUAUUGUCCGGCAGCAAGACCUGGAUCACCAACUCGCCCAUUGCGGAUCUGGCGCUGGUCUGGGCCAAGCUGGAGACAACGGGCAAGAUUAAGGGAUUCAUCGUUGAGCGCUCGCGCUGCCCACCGGGUACCUUCGAGACCCCUGCUAUUAAGAAUAAGAGCGCCCUGCGUGCGUCCAUCACUGGCAUGAUUCAGAUGGAUAACUGCCCCGUUCCGGCGGAGAAUAUGUUCCCCGAUGUCGAGGGCCUGACGGGGCCGUUCACUUGCCUGAACAGUGCUCGUCUGGGAAUUGCGUUUGGCAGCAUGGGUGCCCUGGAGGACUGUCUUGCCCGUGCUCGGGAGUACAGUCUCGAGCGCAAGCAGUUCAAGGGUAACCCACUGGCUAAGUAUCAGCUUGUCCAGAAGAAGCUGGCCGAUGCGGCAACGGAUGCUGCUUAUGGCACGUUGGCUGCGGUUCAAGUGGCUCGUCUCAAAGAUGCUGGGAAGGCUACGCCCGAAAUGAUUUCUAUGAUCAAGCGCCAGAACUGCGACCGAGCUUUGGCCAACUCACGGAUUCUCCAAGAAAUUUUUGGUGGUAAUGCUGCCAGCGACGAGUACCACAUUGGUCGCCAUGUGGCCAAUCUCUUUGUGGUGCAGACCUACGAGGGCCAGAGCGAUAUUCACGCUUUGAUCCUGGGCCGGGCGAUUACCGGCAAGCAGGCCUUUGUUUGAAGUGGCAUUUGGUCAUAUUGUACGACUUAUUGCAUUACUUUUCCCUGUACUCAGGGCUAUAAACUUGUAUAGAAUCUUCCUAGCAUGGGAGAAAUCGGAGCGCGGAUGCCUUCCCCAUCAGGACAAGGCCAGCGCCGCACCCGCACGUGACAUCAUCGUGGGGCUAAAAAUUCAGAAAUUUGAGGCAUCAUCUUUUGGAUAUGAAAGCACAUAUGAUGAAGCAGAAUAUAUGAU